AUGCUCCGCUCACUGCACCGCACCGCGCCGUUGGCCGUGACGGCGACGACGACCACGUUAUCCACGUCCGCCGUGGCCUUUGCCUUGCAGACGGCGUCUAGGACCAAGUACGUGCGGCAGCCCAGUGCUCAGUGGGACCCUGCUCACGAGGAUAUCAACGCCCACGUGAAGCGCCGCAUCCCGGGCGAGACGCGUGUCGAUCGCGUGAGGCGCUUCGCCCGUGAAUGGCGUAACGUGGAGCUGGAGCUGGGCGUGUACAAAGACUCCCGCGGCCGCGAGAUCAAGUACCGCAAGACAUUCGUGUACCGCUACACCUACCCGAACGCCUUUGACGAGUUCUGGUGGCCGUGCAAGUAG